AUGAAGUCUAAGAAGGCAUUGAUUAAGAAAGAGGAUGGUGUUGCCGCUAAAAUAUGUCGAUGGUGUCUGACGGCCGAUGAUGCUUUGCAAGCUCUAACGCGCGACGAUUCCGGACAAUAUAAAGUACAAAAACUUUUCGACUUUACCGGUCUUCAGGAUUGCCGGGAACCGUUUCACGGUGGUUCGUUCUUCGACCACGAAGGCCUGCCAUACUGCGAGACGCACUAUCACGCGAAACGAGGAUCACUGUGCGCUGGUUGCUCGAAACCCAUCACCGGACGCUGCAUCACGGCCAUGUUCAAGAAAUUCCACCCGGAGCAUUUCGUGUGCGCCUUCUGCCUGAAGCAGCUGAACAAGGGCACAUUCAAAGAGCAGAACGACAAGCCGUACUGCCAUCAGUGCUUCGACAAGCUGUUCGGUUGA